AUGUUUUCAAAUGUUAGUGGAAUUAUCGGUGGCAGCAUUUUAGUCUGUACUUUAAUAUACUUAUUCUAUAAUUCAGUGCGGCUUUUCCGCAACCGUCGCCUUUGUGCUGAAUGUUGGUUUUGUCGCACCCAAAACCUGGUUCAAGUUCACGAUCGCAAUUCCUUCUACUGUUUCGCCUGCCAUCAGUAUAACGGUUUUACGAACUCAGGAGAUUAUAACCGCCUGCUUCCUGCCCAGUGGGAACCUAGUUUAAAUCCCUCCGGUUUCUCAAUGCCUUGUAAACGCAGUGCUUCCAACUUCACUACUCAUUCUGAUAUUCUCUGUCCUUUGUGUUCGCAAAAGCAAGAGUAUAUGAUCAACCAGUUGGCAGGGUUUGAGGCUUCAAGUGAAGCAACUUGGGACUAUGAAUUAAAUCUCUUUAAACAAGGACUGGAGCGUCGUUGCAUGUUGUGCUCUGUUUGCAAAGUCAAAGUCCACAAAACUAUCAAACAGGUAAAUCUCGAUUUUUGCCUCCAUUUCAUUACAGUCAAUUUGUGGCUAGGCGUAAAGUUUCUUGUAUUUACGUCCUGGCUCAUUUAA